CUUCUUUCAUCAGCUUCUCAUUUGUCACUAGAGGAGUAGCAACAGGUUUGCAGCCAUACAUCUUUCAUUUCUUCAGAAAAUUCUCCCUAGAAACUUCUAGACCAUCAACCUUAUUUGGGUUGGCCUCUCUAGCUUUCUUCUGCUCAAGGAGCCACCACCUUGCCAUACCUUAUUCGUAGUAGCUUUUUGUCAGUUCCACGGGCACUUUUUAGGAUUAUUAUUAAUGUUAUUUUUUAAUUCUUGGCAUAUUUUUUUAUUCCUUAUUGUAGUAAUUUUAUGAUACUAACCAGUUUAGGUGCACUUUCUGUCCAUGCCAAAUUGUUACAUGUAACUGCCCAUAGCACCACAAGCAUACUAUCACGCAACCUCUUUCCUCAAGACAAGUUGCAUGUAUUUCAUUAUCAUCAUAUUUAUGGUGCCUAUAAUUCAUUUCUUCUUCUUGAUCCUUCUUAUUCAUUCUGUUGUUUUCUUUCUGAAAAUAUCAGGAAAAAUGGAAGAUGGAGGUCCCCAAAAGCUGCAGUCAUCCCCAACUUUCAUCUUCCAAUGCGGAGUUUUGAAGUUAAAAAUAGGACAUCAAUCGAGGAUAUAAAUAAGCUUAGGUUGAUCACAGCCAUCAAGACCCCAUAUCUACCGGAUGGGAGAUUCGAUCUUGAAGCUUACGAUGCCUUGAUGCACAUGCAGAUUGUAAACGGUGCUGAAGGUGUGAUCGUGGGGGGCACAACAGGUGAAGGUCACCUUAUGAGCUGGGAUGAACACAUCAUGCUCAUUGGUCACACGGUCAAUUGCUUUGGUGGAUCAAUCAAGGUGAUUGGGAACACCGGAAGCAACUCAACAAGAGAAGCAAUCCAUGCAUCUGAACAGGGUUUUGCUGUGGGGAUGCAUGCGGCCCUUCAUAUCAAUCCUUAUUACGGGAAGACGUCCUUGCAGGGGAUGGUAUCUCAUUUUGAGAACGUGCUUUCGAUGGGCCCCACGAUCAUUUACAAUGUUCCAUCAAGGACAGGACAAGAUAUUCCGCCCUCUGUGAUCAACACCCUUGCACAAAACAUCAACCUGGCUGGUGUCAAGGAGUGCAUGGGCAACGAUCGGAUCAAAGAGUACACCGAAAAAGGAAUGGUGAUAUGGAGUGGCAACGAUGAUCAGUGCCAUGAUGCUAGGUGGGCAUAUGGAGCUUGUGGGGUCAUAUCUGUUACUAGCAACCUUGUUCCAGGGUUGGUGCAUGAGCUCAUGUUUGGAGGAAAAAAUGCUACUUUAAAUUCGAAGCUUAUGCCACUGAUUGAAUGGUUAUUCCAUGAGCCGAACCCCAUUGCUCUGAACACGGCCCUGGCGCAGCUGGGAGUGGUUAGGCCAGUUUUCCGGUUGCCGUACGUACCUCUUCCGCUUUCUAGGAGGGUGGAAUUCGUCCAAAUAGUCAAGGACCUCGGGCGGGAGAAUUUUGUGGGAGAGAAAGAUGUACAAAUUCUCGAUGAUGAUGAUUUUAUGUUGGUGGGCCGGUAUUAGUUUAUAGUUCCAUGUUUAGCAGCUUGACAUUGCUUCCACUAGCAUAGCAUGGCAUGGCUUAACUUAUGGUCACAGAAACAACUGUGUGAGAAAUAAGGCGUGUGCGUAUUUGGGUUAGGCAUGAGACCGAGUUGCUUACAUCUUCAAAAGCAACUUACUCAUGCUAUUUGUCAAUCUCGUGAUUGCAAUCGAGGUAUGUACUUGUUCUUUCUCAUGUAGUUCAUCAGUUUUUGUAUUAGCAUAUGUCAUUUAUAACAGAGGUUUUCUGAACA